AACCGGUCACUUAAAUAAUAUAAUGUGAUGUGUAGUGGUUUGAACUUUGAAGUUGAGGUGUUUAGGUUAUUUUUAGCAUAUUAUCUUCUUUAAUUUUAGUGUUUUAUACAAUGAAUGAAGAUUUAGAGACUAUCAGGAAACGCACCGAUGAUGCUGAAAAUGAAGUGAAAGAAUUAACUGAAUCUUUCAACAAAUUGAAAGCCUUGGCUCAAAAUGGUCAUUCCGUUGAACUAAUUGAAGGAAAUAUACCUGAUGAGUUGACGGAGCUUAUAACUCAGAACACCAAACUGAAACAUCGUCUGGCAAUUUUGAAGAGGGCACUGCAUGAAGAGAAAGAGAAGAUUUCUCAGAACACGAUGGAAAGUCUGUUGAACUCCCUGACUGAUGUAUUUACGAAAGCAGUUUGCAAAGCAUAUCCUGAUGUGCCUGAUCCUCCGGUGCCGUUGACAACCUCUAGUUCAGCACAGUUUGGAGACUAUCAGUGCAACGCGGCUAUGCCAAUAGCUCAGUUACUGAAAGGACAAGGUAUCAAAGUGUCUCCGAGGGACGUGGCAAAUAAGAUCAAGGAGAACUUGGACGAGUCAGAGUUGAUAGAUAAGGUGGAGAUUGCUGGACCCGGGUUCCUCAACGUAUGGAUCAGCCGCAACUACUGCCAGAGACUGCUGACCAAUAUAUUGACCAAAGGGGUGCUGCCUCCCAGGCUGCUUCGCCGCCUCAAGGUCGUAGUCGAUUUCUCAUCCCCCAACAUUGCUAAAGAGAUGCAUGUGGGACAUUUAAGGUAUGAUGUAGUCUUGUUCAACUAAAUUUAUUCAAUUUAC